AUGCCCCCGGGUACGGCUCCACAAGUUCACGGAGCCGAUAUGAUUGCAGUGACAACGACGUCGCCGUCGUUUCAGAUGCCUUUGGAGUGGCAUCCAGCUACGGCUUUGCGGCUGAGACGGAUGGCGGAGGACGGCCUCGGCCAGCGUGCGACAAUCACUGGCUAUUCAACGCCAUCCACGGCAGAUGUGGGAGGUGCCUCCCUGCGCUUGCGGAUAUCGGAUCCGAAGCCACCCCUGGCCGGCCAAGGGUCCCUGGCACUGGCAGUGCGGCGGGUGCAGGGGGAACCCUGGCUGCCGGCUAUCGGAGGUGUGCCCGGGCAUCACAAGGAUCGCAACGGCGAUGCGCGGCACGGGCUCAUGGAGAUCAUGGUUAUUGCACGCCCCACGGUUCGUGGAAAGGUGACAUUCCUGCCGAAGGACGUGCUGCAGCAGUGGGCGCCAGUGGGCCAAGAGGUGGAGGUAACCGCCCUGAGUCGACUGGGCGACUUCCACAUCGACGACGGAAGCGGGCCCUGGCUACGUGAUCGUAUUUUGAUCACCGCCUCAGAGGCAGAGGACCUGGCCAUGACGGCUGAGGCCGUCGAUGGUGACAUCCAGCAGCUGCUGUCGGGUACCGGGCUUCGACCGGACCCCAGGGUCGAGCCGCCUCCCUCUGACGAGUGGGACCUGGCGCGCGCCGGCACGCUCCACCGCGACGUGGGCACCAGCAAGCUCUGA